CUUUUAACCUCACACCACCCUCUCCCCCCAUCCUCAUAUUCUGCUCCCUCCCUACACCCACACUUCUCCUCCUGCCCCUCCCCCCUCCUCACAUUCUCCGCCCCCGUCGCACUUUCUGGAACAGGAAGCCUUAGCACCGCCGCGCGUGCGGCUUCUUGCGCUUUCCCGAGCUCACCAACAACAGCGGGACGCCUUCAGCAGACAGUUUAAGGGGAGAUCAGAUCUGUCUUCUGCUCUUGGAACUCUAUGAUGGUGAGGACCAGGAGAAAGCGAUGAUUCUGCGCGGGGUUUGUGAUUAGAAUGAAUGUAGUUCCCUGGAAGUAGUGCGGAUUGCGUACGGAGCGGAGGAAUCAGUAUAAAAGCGGGAGGCAGAGCGCGGUUGGACAUUCCCGGAGCGGAGCAGCGUUUAGUUCGUUAACUUUGAGACACCGAGCCCGGCACCUCUACUACUGUCGGCUUUCUCUGAGACGCAGACCUGCCAGAAAUUGACCAAACAUGCAGAUCUUUGUUAAGACCCUGACUGGCAAGACCAUAACACUUGAGGUUGAACCCAGUGACACCAUUGAAAAUGUCAAGGCCAAAAUUCAGGAUAAAGAAGGCAUCCCACCUGACCAACAGCGUUUGAUCUUUGCUGGCAAGCAGUUGGAAGAAGGACGCACACUGUCUGAUUACAACAUCCAGAAGGAGUCUACUUUGCAUUUGGUGUUGCGUCUGAGAGGUGGCAUGCAGAUCUUUGUGAAAACCCUGACUGGCAAGACCAUCACCCUGGAAGUGGAACCCAGUGACACCAUUGAAAAUGUCAAGGCCAAAAUUCAAGACAAAGAAGGAAUCCCACCUGAUCAACAGCGUCUGAUUUUUGCAGGCAAACAACUGGAAGAUGGUCGCACACUUUCUGACUACAACAUCCAGAAAGAGUCCACUCUGCACUUGGUGCUGCGCCUGAGAGGUGGCAUGCAAAUCUUUGUGAAAACCCUGACUGGCAAGACCAUAACACUUGAGGUUGAGCCCAGUGACACCAUUGAAAAUGUCAAGGCCAAAAUUCAGGAUAAAGAAGGCAUCCCACCUGAUCAGCAACGUUUGAUCUUUGCUGGUAAGCAGUUAGAAGAUGGCCGCACCCUAUCUGAUUACAACAUCCAGAAGGAAUCCACGUUACAUCUGGUAUUGCGUCUGAGAGGUGGCAUGCAGAUCUUUGUGAAAACCCUGACUGGAAAGACCAUCACUUUGGAAGUGGAACCCAGUGACACCAUUGAAAAUGUCAAGGCCAAAAUUCAAGACAAAGAAGGAAUCCCACCUGAUCAACAGCGUCUGAUUUUUGCAGGCAAACAACUGGAAGAUGGUCGCACACUCUCAGACUACAACAUCCAGAAAGAGUCCACUCUGCAUUUGGUGCUGCGCCUGCGGGGGGGCAAUUGUUAAACCUUUGUACUUUGUUUCAUUGUGGGUAGUUGUCUUGCCUCUAGCUUAAAAGUUCAUUAGUGUGUUCCCAUGUCAUGCAAAAUAAAAUUGUUGCAAGCUUA